AUGGAUGUCCAUUGGAUAACUACAUAUGCGACCGAGCCGCUUUGCGUGGCCAUUUGGACAUCUUCAAAUACGCACAUGAAAAAGGUUUCCCAUGGGACGAAGGCACACGCAAUUAUGCUGCUGGGAAUGGUGAUUUGGAGAUACUUAGACACUUCGAAGGCUGCUGCGGAAAAUGGCCAUUUGGAAUGCCUCAAAUAUGCCCAUGAAAAUGGCUGUCCAUGGGAUGUGGACACUUGCUGCUUUGCUGCUAUGAAUGGUCAUUUGGAAUGCCUCAAAUAUGCCCAUGACAAUAGCUGCCCAUGGGAUGAAGGAACAUGCUGCUGUGCUGCUGCCAAGGGCAAUUUGGAGUGUCUCAAAUAUGCCCAUGAGAACGGCUGUCCAUGGGGUGACGAGUUGACAAGCGUCAAUGCUGCUCGAAACGGCCAUUUGGAGUGUCUCAAAUAUGCCCAUGAAAACGGCUGUCCUUGGGAUGAAGACACAUGCAUGGCUGCUGCUGAAAAAGGCCACGUGGAAGUGCUCCAAUAUGCUGUACAGAAUGGUUGCCCAUGGGACAGAGAUGAAGUCUUGAGGGAAGGUACUUCAGAGGUAAGAGCAUGGGUUCAAAAUAUGUUAUCCCAGAGGAAUGCAUAA